UGAUAGGCUGGUCCAGGAGGAGGAGGCUGCCAUGACACAGUGGAUGCUGCACAGAAUCAGAUCUACAGCAUCAGCAGGCAUCGGUCUUCCAUCCUCCUCGCUAUCCCUCUCUCUUUCUCUUUUUUUCUCCUCCUUUGCCUCUCCUCUUCAUACCACCACCCUUGCUCUCUCUUCUCUGUCCUUCUCCCCUCCCUUCGACUGACACACACAGGCCUGCCCAAGCACACUGCAGCGGAGGACCGUGCACACACACCAGCAGCAGGAAUAGCAAGCAGCAGGCGGACUGCCUCACCAUCUAUUUUGCUCUUCACCCUCCUCUUGCAUCACUUCCUUUUUUCUUUCAUAAACCCCCGUCUCCUUCCUCUUCAUCUUCUCCUCACACCUCCUCUCAUUGUGGCCGGCCGGUUUCCCAGGAUGCCUUGCUUCAGGCCGCUCUGGUAGGCCCUAGCAGCAUGGGCGGAGGCUGGGCAGGAAGAGAGAUCACGGAUUGGACCCUUCCUCUCAGGACGGGCGCACUGGCGGGUCACCCUCCCUCAGCUUCAGAUGGGCGAGGACGCUGAGAGCCCCAAAAUCAACCACACCUUUCUGCGAGACUACGUCACUGAAGCUGAUGUCAUCUCUACGGUGGAAUUUAACCAGACCGGGGACCUUCUGGCAACAGGGGAUAAAGGUGGCCGAGUGGUCAUCUUUCAAAGAGAGACUGAGACUAAAGUGGAGGCAGAGGAGGCAGGGGAGACAGGGGAUUCUGGGGAGUACAAUGUCUACAGCACCUUCCAGAGCCAUGAGCCAGACUUUGACUACCUGAAGAGUCUGGAAAUAGAAGAGAAGAUCAACAAGAUCCGGUGGCUGCCACAGCAGAAUGCCGCACAUUUCCUGCUCUCCACCAAUGAUAAGACCAUUAAACUGUGGAAGGUGAGUGAGAGAGACAAGAGACCAGAGGGAUACAACUUGAAAGAUGAGGAGGGACGGAUCAAGGACAUUUCUACCAUCACCUCUCUGCAGGUGCCAGUACUGAAACCAACAGAUCUGAUGGUGGAGGUCCGUCCCAGGAGGGUAUUCUCAAAUGGACAUACCUACCAUGUCAACUCCAUCUCUGUCAACAGUGACGGGGAAACCUACUUAUCUGCCGAUGACCUCCGGAUCAAUAUGUGGCACCUGGGCAUCACAGACCGCAGUUUUAAUAUUGUUGACAUCAAACCAGCCAACAUGGAAGAUCUGACGGAGGUGAUAACAGCAGCAGAGUUCCACCCUCAGCACUGCCACUUGUUUGUGUACAGCAGCAGCAAGGGAACUCUGCGCCUCUGUGACAUGAGAUCCUCUGCACUCUGUGACAAACACACCAAACUCUUCGAGGAGCCUGAGGAUCCAGGGAGCCGCUCCUUCUUCUCAGAGAUUAUUUCCUCUGUGUCGGAUGUCAAGUUCAGCCACAGCGGGCGCUACCUGCUGACAAGAGACUACCUCACCGCAAAGGUGUGGGACCUGAAUAUGGACAAAGGCCCGGUGGAAACCUACCAAGUCCAUGAAUACCUGAGGAGUAAGCUGUGUUCUCUGUAUGAGAACGACUGCAUCUUUGACAAGUUUGAGUGUGUCUGGAACAGCUCAGACAAUGUGAUCAUGACAGGGGCGUACAACAGCUUCUUCCGGAUGUUUGACAGGGAGACGGGCCGAGGUGUAACCCUGGAGGCAUGGCGGGAGAGCAGCAAGCCUCGGGCUGUGCUGCGCACCCGCCGUGUAUAUACCGGUGGCAAGCGUCGCCGUGGUGAUGUGGGCGUCGACAGCCUGGACUUCACCAAGAAAAUCCUACACAUGGCUUGGCACCCAUCUGAGAAUAUAAUCGCUAUAGCAGCCACAAACAACUUGUACAUCUUUCAGGACCGCGUCAACACCGACAUGCAGUGACGAGAAUGUUGGGAGACGGAGUCAUUUUGUCAAAGUGUUACUAAAUUAUAAACUCAGAUAUAUAUGAAUGUGGAGCUGAGAGCCUUUAAGAGAACAGUAAGUCAGGCUGUAUCACAACAUACAAGUAUACAGCCUCUUCAGAUCAGAUUAAUGAUAAAAUUGCAAGACUAUUUAUUAUAUCAAAUUUAUUUGAUUUUCAAAGAAGGUGAAUAAUAAUUUUUUUUAGCCAUCUCCUGUGGCUAUCGGGACAUGUUUUUUGCUGCACUCUACUCCCACUUUUUGAAGAUGUUUGCAUAAUUUCCCAAGUUAGGGGCAGUGAAUGAGGUGCAGGGACACCUCUCCAUCUCCAGUGACUCAGUACUGUUGAUCACACAAUGUUGCACCGCUCACUAAUGUACUCUUUUCACACUAAAAUGGAAGAUAAGUGCUUGUUAGCAUCAGAGAACAAGCUUCUGAUGCUGCAAGACAUGCGUACUUGAGACAGCUGAGAUGACUUUACUAGACAAUGCAUCAACAUCUAAGCAUUUUGAAUGUGGAAUGGUGUUAUUGUAUAGUUCCUCACAACAUAACGUCCUCUUUUUCUCUGUUGAGCAACAGCAGCGAUUGAACCUCUCCUUUGGAGCAGUGCUCCUGGAGAUUGCAAGCAUAACUGACUCAUAAUCUUUGCCCUAUUCACUUUGCAAUAAUAGCACUAGAGAGCAGUGCAGUAGUAUUUCUGCUUUAAAACAUGAGCUUUUCUUCUACAGGUUACACACAAUCUUUUACAGUUAGCUGUAAAUAUUCUGUAUUAUUAUUUUUUUUCUCCAAGUGAUACCACUUUGGUUCCCAGAGAGUCAACACAUUUUGUUGAGUACAUAAGAUCUCAUUUAUGGGAAGGUUUUGGAAUCAAACAAUUUCUGUGUUAAGCAAUACUUGGAUUGUUAUUGAUGGCUACAGAGUAUAUUUGGUUCUAAUUUCCAUAUAAAAAUAAUUUCCUGUCUAAAAUCUACAUGCAUACGUGUUGAAGAAUGAAGAGAAGGUCUUCAUUAAUGUUGAGUUCUCCAUUGUUUGCUCAUUUAGGCUAAUUAGUGUUCAAACGUUAAAAAAAUGACAAAAAAAAAGGUUACUUGGGAAUCAAUGUGCAGAACAGAAAUGAGCAUAGUUCAUUUUAUGAUGAGUAAGCACAUUUUUAUAAGGAUCUCACAACUAAGAAAAUCAUGUACAUUAUUUGUAAAUGAGACCCCUGAUUCAACUCAACAAAACUGUACAUGACUAUAUUUGUGUCGAAUGUGUUUGAGGGUCUGAGGUGAUCAUCAGUGCAAUAUCUCCUUAUGUACAUCACUGAAAGGUCUUUUCAUGUCCAAACUAUAACAUCAAGUGGAUUUAUCAUACUGUAUCACAGCUGUCAUAACAUAUACCUCACAAUGAUACAUGCUAGUCUGGAGUGCAACACUGAAAGCAGAAGAUGCACAGCAUUAAGGUGAUGCCAUUGUUGGACUGAACUGCUUGACAAGAUUGCAUUGCUUACAGUGAAGUACUUUGUUCUCAAGUGACCUUGGUCCUGAUAGGAUUAUUGUUAACUGGUCCGGAUUCCAACUGUAAUCAGUAGAGAAUGAGGUUAAAAGGUGGAGCAUCUCUUUGCACCUUAUCAAAAUCUAAAAUCUAAUGGAGCACCUGUAGUUCACUCAUGCAAACCUUUAUUCCCAGAAAAAGGUGAAAUGAUCACCAAAUCUGUUCCAGCUGUCUGCUUUCUCCUCACCUUUCUCCUCUUUUUUCUUGAAUGCAGACACAAUCUAGCUCUAAUUGGUUUAACACAGAGCAACACAAACAUAACAACCUAUGAGAGAAGAGUUUACAGAGUGACUGGCCACCAAAGCAUCCUGCAGAGGUCAGUCCUUCAGUGAAGUGUGGUCUAGUCUGUUGUAAUUGCUUCAUAACCACCACCAAGUAAAACCAGAGAUAGGAUUUUUGUUCAGGAUCACAGCAGCAGCAUGUUGCCAUUACUCAGUGCUACUAGCGUGUAUAUCAUACUUUAAAGAAGAAGAAGAAAAAAAAAAGAAAAUCUAACGGUACAAAAUCAUAACUCAAAUGAGGUGAAUGAAAGGAAUGUGCAUUAAUAAAAUUAUAUAAAAAUAUGAAAAAAAAUGUGUUGGACUUUUUAUGUCUGUGUUCUGACAUGUAGUAGGGCACAUUUUCUUCUUCUGCACCAGGUAUAAGGUUUUCUGGUUGCUGAGCCUCAUGAGCAUAAAAUCUCUGAAAAAAACAAUAAUUUUGCUCUGACUCAAAGAUUAACAAGACUUUGUUCUUAAAAAAUAUAGCUUUCUGUGAGCUCCUGUAAUAUAUUUUGACAACAAAUCUAGAAUUUAUAUGCAAGGUGCCACAUAUAAAAUGUACUUCAUUGACUUUAUUAGGUCCACAUGUUGAAUUACCUGCUAAGACAAAUGGCUAAUCAGCCAAUCACAUGGUACCAACUUGGUGCAUUUAGGCAAAUACAUGGUUACAUGGGAACUUGCUCAAGUUUAAACAGAGCAUCAGAAAAACAACAACAAAAAAGGGAAUUUAAAUUAUUUUGAAUGUGAUGUGGUUCUUGGCGAUAGAUGUGCUGGUCUGUGUAUUCAGAAACUGCUGAUCUACUGGGAUUUUCAUGCACAACCAUCUCUAGGGUUUACAGAAAAUGGUCUGGAAAAGAGAAAAUAUCCAGUGAGCAGCAGUUGUCUGGACAAAAAUGUCUUGUUAAUGUCUGUGGGAAAUGGGCUGACUGGUUGGAGAUGAUAGAAAGGAAACAGUGACUCAUAUAACUAC